AUGUUUAUAUCAACAUGUAGAGGUCGCCCGUGCCGGUGUUUGCCCACGUGCGGCGUGCACCGGAGGGGGUCAUGUUGUAAGGAGACGGGGGCUGUGGUGAUUCGUGCCAUCAAGAAUUUCAACCUAGAGAACCGCUCGCAACGGGAAAUCAGCAAGAUGAAGCCCUCUCCUGCUCCCAGGCACCCUUCCUCCGAGAUCCGCCUGCGAGAGCAGAUGAGCCACCAUCUAGAAAUUAAGGGAGAAAUUGCUAGAAAAGAUGACAAGCUGCUGACAUUAUUGAAAGAUGUGUAUGUUGAUUCCAGAGAUCCUGUGUCUACCUUGCAGGUAAAAGAUGCUGAAAUACCUCAAGAGCCAAAGGAAUUCAGAUUGCCAAAAGACCAUUGCUUUGAUGUGAUGAAUAUUAAGAACAUUCCCAAAGGCAAAAUUUCCAUUGUAGAGGCAUUAACACUUCUCAGUAAUCAUAAACUUUAUCCAGAAAGAUGGACUGCUGAGAAACUAGCAGAAGAAUACCAGUUAGACCAGAAAGAUGUGAAUUCUCUUCUCAAAUAUUUUGUUACCUUUGAAGUCAUAGUGUUUUCUUCUGAAGAUGGAAAAGCAAUACAACCAAAAUCAUGAAGCUGCUUUUUCUAUAUGUAUUCCCUAUCCCCAUCUCCUGUUUA